AUUUGAAAUUUGAACACUGCUAUUGUUCCCGCGUCGGAAACGGUUCGAGAUUGCGCAAAAGUUAAUGCGCGAUAAACAGCAGUCUCUUUCUCUUUUAAACACAGCAAGAUGUCGAAGAGAGGACGUGGUGGUUCUGCCGGAGCAAAAUUUAGGAUAUCACUGGGCUUACCAGUUGGCGCAGUCAUAAAUUGUGCCGAUAAUACUGGUGCCAAAAAUUUGUAUGUCAUCGCAGUUCAAGGUAUUAAAGGCAGGCUAAAUCGUUUGCCAGCUGCAGGAUCAGGUGAUAUGAUAGUUGCUACUGUCAAAAAGGGAAAACCUGAACUUAGGAAGAAGGUUAUGCCUGCAGUUGUAAUACGGCAACGAAAACCGUUUAGAAGGAAAGACGGAGUUUUUAUAUAUUUUGAAGACAAUGCAGGGGUUAUUGUCAAUAAUAAAGGAGAAAUGAAAGGGUCAGCUAUCACAGGACCCGUUGCAAAAGAAUGUGCAGAUUUGUGGCCGAGGAUAGCAUCUAACGCCAGCAGUAUCGCGUAAACAUUCUGUAGAAAUAACAAAUAUUAUACAUAAUAUUAAGUGACACAUUGAAUUAUAUUCUGAGAAUUUUAAUAUGUCGUCAAUGCAAUCCAUUAACUCUAUUCAAAUUUAAUAACCUAAAAAAGGUUAACUAUUCAUACAACUUUUCUUAAGAGUUCUUUCUGUAGAAUAUGAAUUUACCGAACGCCUGCAUUUUUCACAGUAAUAAUUUUUUACUAGCAGCUAUAUUAUUAUCUUACCUUAUAUAUAAAUAAAAUUAUCAGUUUGUGUCAACAUUGUAAUAUAGAUAAAUAAAACGAUAAAUAAUAACAAUAUAUCAGAAAAUAACAAUUUUUCAACGCUUAAUUACUACUAUACACAUAUAUGAACUAGAUAUGUUAUACAAAUCAAAAUUAUAAUCUUCUUACAGUGCCAUUAGGUUCGUUACAUUGUUGUACACUAUUUGAACUCUAUCUUAUUUAUGUAUCUAUCCCUACUACAUACUUUAAAUACAGCUCUUUUUUGUUAAUACUAAAGAGACCAAUAGAAUGUUUGUACACAGAAGUAAAUCAUUGGUCACCUAAUAGGCGGGUUAUUCAAACAUAAAGCUACGUCUGAUAUCAUAUAUUAUUCAUAGUAUAAUUAAAUUAUGAAAACACACUAUACUAUAUUUUCAGACAUACAAUUAUUAUUUUGUAUAUACAAUUAAACAAAAUUUACGAAAUAGUAAAAAGACAACAAAUAUACAUAUAUAUAAUACCUGUCUGCAAAAGAUUUUGAAGUAAAGCGUACGAUUGCAGUAUUUGACUGAAUUUCCAUCACUUGGCCACCACAGCUUUCGAACAUUUGUUUAAGAUAACAUUUAAUAAACAUAAUAUCCUGAUCUUCAGGAAGGUUACUAACUAGGAGAUCGUAAUAUGCAGUAACCUGGAAGAUGGCAGUGAUUCCAUAAGUUCUGAGAAAUCAUAGUGCUCAUUAGCACACAGUAUCAAUGCUUCAGAUAUAUUUUUCAUGUGUAAAAGUAUCACAUGAAUUUUCUUCCUAUAACGUAAAUCACUAAGAUCAGGAGCAAAAUUAAUAUCACCAGAUAUUAAAAUCACAGCUGCUGGACUUCCAUGAAUAUCAGCAAAUCUUCUAAUAGAUUGCUUGAGUUUUUCAUCAGCAGCAUUUUUACACUCUCUAGCAACAUGUAUUAAAUUAACCUGUGAAACACAAGAUUUAUAAAUGCAACAUUAUAAUAUAAAAAAAUGAUACUAUUAUUAAAUAAUUUAUAAUAUUAAAAGAUAUACAGAUUAACUUA